AUGCUCGGAGGACAACCAGCUGUAUCAUCUUCAUUCGUAAACGCAGAAGAGAAAUUUAAUUGCUCAAAAGGAGUGUCGAUGGAAACGUCGAAGGUUUGUGAUGGUCGUAAGGAUUGUUCAGAUGGUUCAGACGAGACCAUAGGAUUGUGUGCUCGAAACGAUGAGUAUCGAAAAAAAAUUUCCGUCAAACAAUAUAGAAGCACCAAAGAGAAGUUUAAUUGUUCAAAUGGAGUGUCGAUCGAAACGUCGAAGGUCUGUGAUGGUCGUAAGGAUUGUUCGGAUGGUUCAGACGAGACCAUAGGAUUGUGUGCUCGAAACGAGUAUCGAAAUAAUUUUUCUACCGAAUGCGGUAAAGUGCAUUAUACGAACCAAGAAAAGAUCGAAAAUGGCCAAAACGCAAUUUUCGGAACGGCACCUUGGCAUGUUGGAAUUUAUAGAUUCGUUAAUAACGUUUCCAAUUAUGAAUUGCUUUGUGGGGGAUCACUAAUUUCUUCACAUUUAGUCAUUUCGGGCGCUCGUUGUUUUUGGUAUCAUCGUCGUUACACAUCUAAUAAAAUAUCAAACAUCGACGGUCUGUACAAAAUUGCCGUCGGGAAAUAUGACAGAAAUAUUUCAAUCAUUGACAAUAACUUUACUCAAAUAAUGGAUGUGGCAAAUGUUUACGUGGAAAAAGGUGGAUUUUUUGAGUAUUUAAAUAAUAAAAUAGCCAUUGUUGUGUUAAGAAACCCAGUUUCUUUUAGUUAUUAUGUUGCGCCUGUUUGUAUUGACUGGAAUGGAGAAUACAAUGUAGUCAAUGAUGAUCGCGGAAAGAUUGUUAGUUGGGGAUAUCCGAAUAACGGCAGUAUAAGUCCUAUUGCAUUGGAAUUAUCUUUAUCAUACGUCGACCUUAGUACUUGCCAAAAAAUGUACCCAAACGUAUCUCGUACUGUUUUGACUUUUGAUAAGUUUUGUACCGCUUCUAAAUUGGGACCAGAUGUAUGUGUGCAAUAUGAUGGUGAUGGAUUAAGCUUUUUCCACAACAAUUCUUACUAUUUAACUGGAGUAACAGGUAUCAAGAAUCCACUAAGUUCACUAACGGUGUUUACAGAAGUUAAACACCACGUGCAUUGGAUUCUUAGACUGUAUAACAAACACAAAUAA